AUGGAUUUCGGCGGGAGUGGUCUCGGUAAGAGUAAUAGCGAGUACACUGCUAGUGGAAGCCCUGAGGUUUCUCGCUUCAACGUCGUGGUGAUCAACUUUCUGCUUGUCCGGAUCCUUAUCCCUCACGUGAUCUUGCAACCUUGGAACGUUGGUAUCGGGUCCAAGAAUAUUGGUAAGCAGACAUCAGCCAACCUGCUCAGCCUGGCCACUCUUCUCUAUUGUGUCUGCAGACAAUUAUCUCCACUUCCUCCGCUUAUUGAGCCCGCGGACGCUUCAUUUCUCGGGAGGCGCCGAUCGAAAACAGCAACGCCCUCACAACCGGAUGACAAACACAGCCCAGAAGCAUAUUUUCUAUCCAUCGAUGAAAUCGGCCGCCGUCUUCUUCCAGACAAAUCCUUCCCGAGCAACGACUCCGAGGUUGUCCAAGUCGUGAAUGAACAUCAAGCAGCGUUGCACGUUACACUUAUCAAGCUUCGGGCCCAGCUCCACGGAACCAAGGAAACGACAGCAAAGCCGUCAUAA